GUGGGAUGGGGUGGAGCCUGGCUCUGAGUGUUUAUUACUGAGCAACAGUCUCGCUGAUUAACUGACGAACAUUACUCCAGAGAGAGAGAGAGAGAGAGAGAGACAGGGAGAGAGAGAGACAGAGAGAGGGACAGAGAGAGAGAGAGAGAGAGAGAGAGAGAGAGAAUGGAGAGAUGUAAAAAUUUCGAGGCAUAAUUAAUUAAUUUACAUGCUAAUUUAAUGACAGGAUUAAUGCACAGUAAGUCGUGUGCACAUGUGUGUGUGUGUGUGUGUGUGUUUGUGUGUGUGUGUGUGUGUGUGUGUGUGUGUGUGUGUGUGUGUGUGUGUGUGUGUAAUGAGGUGCAGACCAUCCCUGCAGUCACAGUUAGUUAAUGAGCGUUCUGCGCUAGCAGGAGUUGGAGGCGAAUGCGUACUCUCUUGCUUUCCGCCUGUCUCUCUCUCGCUCUCUCUCUCUGUCUGUCUCUGUCUGUCUGUCUCACUCUCUCUCUCUGUGACUCUCUCUGUCUCUGUCUCUCUCUCUCUCUCUCUCUCUGUACUGAUUAUAUGGGCCGGACUCCUUAUUAACUGAUUACAUUUGUCUUGUCUCUCUGAUUUAUGCUAGAGAGAGAAAAGGAGGGAGGGAGACAGAGAGCUGAAGGGAAUGAGAGUAAGAAAGAGACAGAAAGAGAGAGAGAGAGCAAGAGAGAGAGUAGAGGGGAGAAUGAAGGGAAAACAGAGUUUUUUUAAUUAAUGAGAAAUGCAAAUCACACCGCUCGAAGAAAAAAAAACAGCAGAAAAUGAGAUUAUGUUGCGCAUAUGUUUGGCUAAUUGUCAGAGAAAUAUGUGCAUAAUUGUGGAAGCUGAAACAGUUACCUAAUCUAAUCACGUGUAAAUGUCAGCGUAAACGAGGUCCGGGGUACAGGGACUUCACUCCUGUCCAGUGUCUUGAGAAGUUUGUAAAUGUCAUGUGUCUGAUUGUCUGAUUCUUUCUCUCCUCUCAGGCCCAUGAUGUGACCACCAGACAGAUUCUUUCACCCAGUCCACCUGUAGAAGGAGAACAGAAGGACAGCUCCAGUCUUUUCCUGUGAAAUUGACCUCCGAUCUCUGAGAAUGGAGGAACACGACGACGCUGGACUCGGCCGUCCAGAGACAAAACUUCCGUUUCUCAUCUGCUUGUCUUCCAUCUUCUUGCGUGCGUGCUCCGGUCAGACGCUUAACGUCUUCCAGUCUGAGAGGCCCGAAUGGAGCCUGAGUCACCUGGCCGUCCACCAGUCGAGUGGUGCGGUGUACGUUGGCGGAGUCAACCGCGUGUACAAGCUCUCGUCCGAUCUGGCGCCACUGGUCACGCACAACACCGGGCCGGAGCUGGACAACCAGGCGUGUUAUCCUCCUCUGAUCAUGCAGCCGUGCUCCGAGCCGCUCGCCAGAACCGACAACGUCAACAAGCUCCUGCUGGUGGACGACCUGCACGGCCGCCUGCUGGCAUGCGGGAGUCUGUACCAGGGCGUGUGCAAAAUCCUGAGGCUGGACGAUCUGUUCAUCCUGGCCGAACCGUCGCACAAAAAGGAGCACUACUUCUCCAGCGUGAACCAGACUGGCAGCACGAGCGGCGUGAUCGUGAGCCGAGACCGUGAGAGAGAUGCCACUCUGUACAUCGGCACGUCCGUCGGCGGCAAACAGGACUACUUCCCCACCAUCUCGAGCCGAAAGCUGCCUAAAGACCCCGAAUCGGCGGCCAUGCUGGACUACGAGCUUCACACCGACUUUGUUUCGUCGCUAGUCAAGAUUCCGUCCGAUACGCUAGCUCUGGUCACGGACUUCGACAUCGACUACGUGUACGGUUUCUCCAGCGGCAACUUCGUGUACUUCCUGACCGUGCAGCCGGAGACGGAGACCCCCGGAGAGCUCUUUUACACCUCGCGUGUGGUCCGGCUCUGCAAAGGCGACGAUAAGUUCCACUCGUACGUCUCCCUGCCGGUGGGCUGCGUGAAGAACAGAGUGGAGUACCGGCUGCUCCAGGCGGCGUUCCUGGCUAAAGCCGGGAGCGUCAUGGCCGCCGCGCUGAACAUCACCGAACGAGACGACGUGCUCUUCGCCGUAUUCUCGAAAGGACAGAAGCAGUACCGGAGACCGUCGGACGACUCGACGCUCUGCGUUUUCACCAUCCGGGAUAUUAACGCGCGGAUCAAAGAGAGGCUGCGGUCGUGCUAUCAGGGGGAAGGAAACCUGGAGCUGCACUGGCUUCUGGGAAAAGACGUUCAGUGCACAAAAGCGCCGGUGCCUAUAGGAGAUGGUUUCUGUGGAUUGGACAUUAAUCAGCCUCUUGGCGGUUCGGAGCUCGUCUCGGGUCUCGCCGUUUACACAGAGACAUCUGAGCGUCUCACCGCCGUGUCUGCGUAUGUGUACGAUGGCUACAGCGUGGCGUUCCUCGGCACCCGAUCUGGAAACAUCCGUAAGGUGCGUGUAGACGGUGUGUCUGCGUUCCUCUAUGAGACGGUGAAGGUGAUGAAGGACAGAAGUUCUGUUCUUCCUGACAUGGCCUUUUCCCCAGACCACCACCAUCUCUACACCAUGAGCCGCACGCAGGUGGUCCAGAUGCCGGUGGAACACUGUGAUCAGUACAGCCGGUGUGAGGAAUGUUUAAGCUCAGGAGAUCCACACUGCGGCUGGUGUGUCCUCCAUAACAAGUGUGUGAGGCGGGACCGGUGCGAGCACUCUGACGAACCUUUCCGAUUCGCUGAUGAGAUCAGGCGGUGUGUAAAAGUCUCCGCCCACCCGGACAGCAUCGCCGUGUCGGAGCACGCGGUCCCGCUGCUGCUGGAGGUCAGUAAUGUUCCUGACCUCUCCACCGGGGUCACCUGCUCCUUUGGGAGCCUGGCAGAGGUCGAAGGUCACAUCAGCGGGAACAGCAUCAUGUGUCUCUCUCCGACCUCCCGGGACGUCCCUCUGAUCCCCGCUGACCGAGACUGGUCAGUUGUGGAAUUAAAGGUUGUUGCUAAGGAGACGGGUCACAUGGUGGUGAGCACAGAGGUGAAGUUCUACAACUGCAGCACACACAGCAUGUGUUUGUCAUGUGUGAGCAGUGCAUUCCAGUGUCACUGGUGUAAAUACAGAAACACCUGCACACACGAUCCAAACAGCUGCUCCUUCCUCGAGGGACACGUCAAUGCAUCAGAGUUGUGUCCUCAGCUGGUGCGCUCGGGGGAGGUGGUGAUCGUGGCGGGAGACGUGAAGCCGAUCACGCUGAAGGCCCGGAACCUUCCACAACCUCAGUCGGGUCAGAGAGGCUACGAGUGUGUGUUCAACAUCCAGGGAGUGACGCACAGAGUGACGGCGCUGCGCUUCAACAGCACCAGUGUACAGUGUCAGAACCGCUCGUAUGUGUAUGAGGGGAUGAAGGUCAGUGAGCUGGCAGUCGAUCUGUCCAUCGUGUGGAACAACAACUUCAUCAUUGACAACCCUGAGGGAAUUAAAGUGCACCUGUAUAAGUGCAGCGCUCAGAGGGAGAGCUGUGGUGUGUGUCUGAAGGCCGAGCGGAGGUUCUCUUGUGGUUGGUGUGUGAGCGAGGGUCGCUGUACACUGCGUAAACACUGCACUUCACCUGGAGCGCCACACAGCACACACUGGCUCGGACCGAACCAACACCACAAGUGUACACACCCCCGCAUUACUGAGGUUUCCGGUAGAACCCCUCGGGUGACUGUCCUCUUUCGCAGAGUAAUGCGAGUUGCAGUGUUUAUGCAAAUCAGGGUAGGUCAUUAGGAUAUGAGAGAUAAAAGAAUGCUGAUCACAGACACUGUCACUAUGACAAACUGUAGCAAUUCCAAUCCGCAGUGUGUUUACAGUUUGCAGGUUUGUUGGUUUAUUAUAUUUUAAUUACUCAGGUUCCUAUAAAACAGUUUUCUAUUAUUCUCCCAUUACAGCCUCUCCCACAGUCCUGUUUUUACAGCUCAUAUCCACUUCCUCUUAAAUGCCUUUACAGAACCGCCAUUCUUCAACAGAAGUCUGUUUUAUGCCCUGUGUGUGUGUGUGUGUCUGGGUGCACGUUUUACACGUUCCCUUCUCUACCACAUCCCUUAAUUGUUUCCCAUAAGCCUCUUUUCCUCUGCACCUGUGCUGUAAUUAAAUCGAGUGCAAAUUAGAGCGAGUGUUC